GUUCUGGGGCUAUGCAAGGUCAAAUUCGUAUCCAGCGAAGCGAGCUCCCCAUCUGUAGUGACUUAAUUAUUCAAAGUCAAAUCUUCCUAAAAAUGUAUUGAAUUAUAUUUAAUUGUGACCAAUACCAUGAGUUAAAUUUAGAAUUAAUUGUCAACUAUGGCAGACGUGUUUCCGUACAUAGCUUACUACCCCCACAUUCAAUAUCCCAUCAUUGGAGUGUUAUCCCUGCUUAACAUGUUUUACCACAACGGCCCAAUUCCUUCAGUUCCUUCUCCAAUUUCUUUGCUGAAAUAUACCUACGAUCACACCGGAAUAUCGGCAAAAUUAGAGGAAUCUAUCCAAUUUUACCACGUUCUUCUCUAUCUCGAGGACAAAUUGGAAAAGUAUCAAUUGCACCUUGAAAAUAAGGUAGAAAUAGAGUGGAUCAUGUUAGAAAUUGAAUACCAAAGUCUUGGAAGACUUUUAGAACUGAUUAGAUCCCAGACUCUAAAACUUGUCUCCAGAGGAUUAUACUUAUUUGAAGAAGACUCUCGCCUCGGAAUAUAUCCCAAAAGCAGUCAAUUUGCGGCAUUACUUAGUUCCUAAGAGAGACGCUUUGUUCACGGACGCCCUUCAUCCUCCAAUCGAAGAUUUUUCAUUCGAUGCAAUGCAUUUACUUUUCACAAACUACACCACAAAGUUGAACCAUACUUUGGACUCACUCAUCGAUCUGAACGAAAGUGGCUUUCACCUGUUACAUAAUUUUAAUAUUCCGUGUGAUAAGGACAAAUUUGACAUUAACAUGCUGAAUGAACUGCGUGACAUUUUUGUCGAGUUGGAUUUAGCAUAUGAAGCAAAGGAUUUGGAGAGGGCAUACGAUAUCACCACUUAUUUUAAGCCAAAAUUACCCAACAUGAUGGAGAUUUUAUCGGAUCUGAUGACUGCACAAGGCAAAGACGCUUUAAAACUGAAGUACAUCGAUAUCCCAACAAUCUACCUUAACAACAAGCAAAAUCUUAUCCAAUUCACUGCUUGGUUGGAAUUUCACGACUACAAAAUUCGUAAGAGCGUGUCCAUAAUUCAGAAAAAGUAUACACGGAUGACAAACUCAUUCUCCAGAAUCAUGCAAAUCUAUGAUGUGUUAGUGGUGGAAGUUCAAAAUCUUUAUAACAAAUUUAUGAAGCCUUGAUUAUCUAUGUUUGUUUUUUAAGGUGUGAUACAUACGUUUUUCUGUGUUCAGAUUUUUAAUUGUUAAUUAAUUUGUAACAUACCAGUAUAUGUAAAUUAAAUAUAUUUUGUAAGUAUAUAUGUAUGUUCUGAGA